AUGGUGACAGUUAAGGCCAUUAUCCUCCACCCCUUUAUCACCAUCUCUGGCCCCUACAAGGGGACCACCCUAAAGUCUGACACUCGAGCCGCUAGGCGGCAGUUUUGGUGGUUGCUUUGGUUGCAUGGAAUCGGCUUAACCGUGGAGAGACCAGGAUACCACAAACUGAUGGACUUUGACAAGCGAGGAGUGGGGGGAGGAGGGGGCGGCGGAGGAGGCGGAGGAGGUGGUGGUGGUGGUGGUUGUGGAGGUGGAGGCGGAGGCAAGGGGGAGGCAGAGGAGGGGAAGAGGAUGUCUGGGAAGACGGGGAGUCGAUCAGGGCACGGUGGCCGGGGUGCUGGCUCCAACUCCGGGGUUCUGAUGGUUGGACCAAACUUCCGGGUCGGAAAGAAGAUCGGCUGUGGGAACUUUGGAGAGCUGCGACUUGGAAAGAACUUGUACACCAACGAAUACGUGGCUAUCAAACUGGAGCCAAUCAAAUCGCGGGCACCUCAGCUCCACCUAGAAUAUCGCUUCUACAAACAGCUGGGAAGUUCAGAGGGUGUUCCUCAGGUGUUUUACUUUGGACCCUGUGGUAAAUAUAAUGCUAUGGUUCUGGAGCUGCUUGGACCCAGCUUAGAAGAUCUGUUUGACCUCUGUGACCGGACCUUCUCUCUAAAGACUGUACUCAUGAUAGCCAUACAAUUGAUAACCCGUAUGGAGUUUGUCCACACCAGGAGCCUGAUCUACCGAGACGUGAAGCCUGAGAACUUCCUAGUGGGCCGACCCGGCUCCAAACGGCAGCACACCAUCCACAUCAUAGACUUUGGCCUGGCAAAAGAGUACAUAGACCCAGAGACCAAAAAACACAUCCCAUACAGAGAACACAAGAGUCUCACUGGAACGGCUAGAUACAUGAGCAUCAAUACACACCUGGGGAAAGAGCAAAGCAGGCGGGAUGACCUGGAGGCUCUAGGCCACAUGUUCAUGUACUUCCUGCGAGGCAGUCUACCUUGGCAGGGACUCAAGGCCGACACUCUGAAAGAACGUUAUCAGAAGAUAGGAGACACCAAGCGAGACACACCGAUAGAGGUCCUUUGUGAGAGCUUCCCAGAAGAGAUGGCCACAUACCUGCGGUACGUGCGCCGGCUGGACUUCUUCGAGAAGCCGGACUACGACUAUCUGAGGAAACUCUUCACAGACCUCUUUGACAGAAAUGGAUACAUCUUUGACUACCAGUACGACUGGACUGGAAAGCCACUGCCCACUCCCAUUGGUCCAGUGGCCAGCGAGACUCCACUUCAGACAAGCAACCGAGAAAAAGCACCGCAGACCAAAAACCAGUCUCCAGAGGGGAAAGGCAGUGAGUCCCAGCCCACUCCAGUGACCAAUCGAGAGCUGCUGGGCUCCCAUCUCACUGCUGAUAGGCUGGGCGGGUCUGUCCAGGUGAUGAGCUCAACCAAUGGGGAGCUGAAUACAGAUGACCCCACUGCAGGACACUCCAAUGCACCAAUCACAGCCAACGCAGAGGUGGAAGUGGCUGAUGAUACCAAGUGUUGCUGUUUCUUCAAGAGGAGGAAGAGGAAAGCUCUCCAGAGACACAAAUGAAAACGAGAGACAAGAGAGAAACCCCUUCUCUCUUUUUCACCAUUUCUUUUUCCUUCUCUCUUUCUGUAGUCCUCUUCAUAUAACCCCCCCCUCCCAAUCUCCACCCCUCUCCUCCUCUGCUGUUGGAGGUCCUGUAGUCUACCUUGGGUCAGCUAGAUUGGCUGGAUCACCAGGCAGCACGAUAUGAUUGCUAAGCUGAUCUGUUGGUUUCUCCUGCUCUGAACCGACCAGAAACACAGACAGCGACAUGCUGUUCCACCCCGGAGCUUUAAAUGUGGACUCUAUGGUCGCAAACUGAACUCAAACUGGAUAGACACAAACUGCUGUGACCACAAAUGAACAGAUAGACUGUGAAAGGUGAGCUGAUUGGCUGACAGACUGGAUUCAGCUGGUUUCCUGGCAGACUGGCUACUUCUCUAUUUUUUGGUUUUGUUUUUUUCUUCUUACUGACUGGUUCAGAGGAGAGAGACGAGUAGUUCUGAGGAGAUACAGAAGAGAGAGCUAUGGAAGGACUGGAUGCAAUGAGACUGUCAGACCAAACACACACACACACACACACACACAAAACACAUGCACACACGUAGAAACGCUGCACACGGUCUUGAGCUCAUCAUAAAGAGACUCUGUAGACAGAAAGUUGCAGCUCUCACACAUAGUUGAUAAAGUUUUUAUUCCCUGGGGUCAGAGGAAGUACACAGUGAGCGGCUUGGUCUAUUUCCUGCAACGGAUCAGGCUCGUUGUACUUGUCAGACACAUUCACCCUCAGAGGAAAACCUCACAACCACCAGAAUCAAGAGUUUAAAAGAGAUGUUUAUGUAAAAACUAUGCUUUUUUCUGUUUUAAUUUGUAACUAAAAAGACUGUCUGCAAUUUGAAGCCUGUGUUUUUUUCUGUCUUUUUGAGUUGUUCAAAAAACUUGUGUUUUGUAGCUUCUAGUGUGUUCCUCAAAAUGCAAUUUUUUUAAAUAACUUGUAUUUUUAAUUUUCUGAUGUUUUGUUUUGUUUGUUUUCCUCUUUCUCCUUGGGUUUGAGGAUGGAAAGUCGGAUAACUCCAUUAAAAAACAACCAAACAAAAUAAAUACUGAUCUUUAUGAUCUUUA